UUUAAUAGUUUUCUGACCAAAUCGUAUACGUUCUUUCAGAAUCUGUGAUCAAAAACGAAUUUUGAAAUUGAGGAGGUGGAAAGUAUGUCAGAAAAACGCGGUUUUCUCACGGACUGUCUCUUAAGUUGCUCUAAGUGAAAUCAUUUUUAAGCUCUAGUCUGUUUGUUUUUUGAUUAUUUUGGUAAAAAACUGCAAAUGGAACUACGUUCAGAUUAUCUGCUGAAAUUUGAUUUUUUGCUUGUUUACGUUGAGAACAUACAUAGUAAUUAUUUGUUCGAGAAAAACAGCUUUUGUUAUUUUUAGAUACAGUAGAUCUAAAAAGACCACAAAACCAAAAUGAUGUCGAAAAUUCAUUUGUUAGAAGAUAAAUCCAAUUAUUUUUUAUUUUCUCAUUCUAGUUAUCCGGUCUAUUGAAAAAAAUUGAGAAGAACGACAUUGAUUUUCGUGAUACGAAAUCACACUAUGAAAAUUUAUUUGCUGAACAAGUGAAUAAUGUUAAAAGGUUAGUUAAAGAACGUGAACUACUGAAUUUAUACAUAAAACGAUUGGAAACAGAAAAUCAUACGUUAACAACAAUAAACACGGAUGAAACAACGCGAUUACUUGCACACACUGUACAAUCACCAACAACAAUCGAAGAAGCAUGGGGAUUACUACAAAAACUACGUGAACAAGUUAUCAAUCAAUUAAAAGUUGAACAUAAACUUCGAAAUGAUUUACAAUUACUUCAUAAUAAUUAUAAAGCCGACAUUCGAGAACGUGAACAAAUAGAAAAUUUACUCAAUCGAGAUUUGAAUACAGCAAAAGAUGAAAUAAUUGUAUUACAAAGUAUUCAAACAGAAUAUGAACGUAUUACAGGACUGAAAAAUGAUCUAGAAAAACAACUGGAUGAUAAAUUAAAUGAAUUAAAUAUAACAAAAACUGUUGCUACAGCACUCACAAAUCAAUUGAAAGAAAAACUAGAUUUAUUAAGUAAAACAAAAUCAAAAAUUGAAGAAGAAAAUGUUUCAUUACGUGUUCAGAUACAAAAAAUGAAAAUUGAUCUUGAUAAUAGUGAAUUAGUCCAACGAGAUUUUGUGAAAUUAUCUCAAUCAUUACAAGUUCAAUUGGAAAUUAUUAGAGAAUCUGAGCAUGUAUUGCGGUGGCAUAAUGAAGAAGAUUAUCAUGAAUGUAUGAAUUGUAAAACGCCGUUUACAGUCACUUGGAGAAAGCAUCAUUGCAGACAUUGUGGGAAAGUGUUGUGUAAAGACUGUACUAAUAAAACAGUUUAUACUGGACCAAAUAAUCGAGCAUCUCGUGCGAAAAACGUCUUACAAGAUGUGAUAAUGUCGCCGAGAAAAACAUGUCAAUUAUCGACCGCGAAUGGAUAUAACUGUAAUUUAUCAAAAGGUGCCAUACGUGUUCAAAGUGUGCCCUACAAAAAAUCAGUUGAAGUCAAACCAACGAUAGAGGAGAAUUUUGAAUUGUCGAACAAUACUUGCUCAAAUGACAUCGUUCUCAAUAAUCUCCAACAAAUUUCAAGUGGUAAAACCGUGGUUGUUAAUGAUGAAGAUCAGCUUUGUUUCGAUAAAUUUGUUUCGAAGUUUUCCAUUGUCGCUGAUUCAUCGAUCACAAAUAGAACACGCACACCGCUGAAAUUGCUUGGUCCCGAUGAAAUUCCACUGAUUCCUGAUGCUCCAACGAACAGAGCACCAAGUCUUCAACCCGUCUGGUAUAGUGAACAAACACUAAUUGACAAUGAAGAAGUAGAAGAAGAGCAAGCAUCGACAAUGACUUUCGGUCAACGUCAGUCAAGUCAAAGACGUCAAACAAUAAAACCGGAGCAACCAAUUUUAACAGGAGUUCGAAGUGCUCAGAAUGAAGAUGAAUACUUGAUAAAAAUCACAAUAACCACGCCUACCAUUUCAUCAUCGUCACAUUGUUCAUCACCAACAACAGUCUCAUCAAAUUCAAUGUUGAAUGAUUCCAGUAAAGAAAAUCGUAAUCUACCGAUGGUAUUAGAAGCCGAGCCGGCAGUAUGUGUUCAACAAGUCAGUCAACAUGAAGAUUCGUUCUCGAGAUUAGAAAAGCAAUUUAAUGAAGAAUGUUUUGGUUCGUUGAAUGAUCGAACGUCUCAUUGUGCUGUGUUAAAACCAGUCGGAAGCGAAGAGAUGUCACUGUUGACACGAUCCCAAACCUAUUCCGUAUUUCCUUCGAUAGAACAUGAUAUUUUAACAGCAUCUGAUUUUGAUAAAUCAACCGUCAAAAACGAGAAACAGCUUUCUACCACUUCUUUGUCACUUGCAUUCGAUUCAAGAUGGUCGCAAAGUAUUGAAUUGUUGACAACUGCCACAUGUGAGCAACAAAAGGAAGAAGAGCUGAAUGAAGGAAAAGAAGAGAUGCCAUGUUCUUCGUAUAAUCAUCUGACGCCAAUAAAUAGCAAUGACGCAUUACAAUUGACAGCAAUAACACCAGCAGACAUUAUCAAUACCUGGACAACAUCUACCCUGGCCUACACUUCGCCCAGAAAAAUGUUUGCACAAACACUAGAAGCAAUAGUGUCAAUGAAAACUGGAGAUGAACAAGCAAAGUCAACUUCAUUAGUUGUUUGUAAUACUGAAGAAGAUAACGAUAAGACGACGACAAGGAUUAGUUAUAUGCCGACGUUGAAUUCGCUUACAACACAGAAUCUUGAUGGAGUGGAUAAUUCAUGUGAUAUUAGUCAUAACUCAGAGAAAGUCAGUGGUGAAGCCAAUCAACAAAUCAAUUUGUCAUUGAAUGAUGAUCAGAAUCUAAUUCAGCAUAUAGUCCCCUUCUCACACAAAAAUGAUAAGAAUGAAAGUAGCUAUCAUGACAAUGAAAAUACACAAGAGAAAAGCGAUGAUGAGUCGUUGAAUAUUAUCCAAACAAUUGAUAGUGAAUUAUUAAUGCGAUCAGAACAAAAUGACAAAGAAGAAGAAGAUGGAGAAGAUGAUGCAAAUUUCUCGUUUGAGCUUGAACAAUUUCCAAGCAGUGCUCAGAGUCCUAAUAGUGCUGAUCAGCAACAACAGCGUCAGUCGUCUCUAUCAUUACCGCCUGCGAUGUGUGAGCGACCACCAACAUGCGCAGAUGUGGCUUAUCGUGCUUUAUUAAAGCAACCAACACCACGGACAUCGCUUGUAACCAAUUCAAUGUCACCAUUAGCUAGACUAUGUAAGUAUAGUUUUGUUUCGAAUGAGAGUGCUGUGAGAAGUAGUUCUCAUGUUGAAUUCUCUGGCUAUUCAAAACCGCUAUGA